AUGCUAGAUAAAAUGUCCACAUUAGAUCAGUUACGUUACGCUGGUACUACGAUUGUGUGUGACACAGGAAAUUUUGAAUCCAUUGGAAAAUAUAACCCUCAAUCAUGCACUACCAAUCCAGCACUUAUUCUGGCUGCUGCUCAAGAUGAUAAAUAUAAAGAAUACGUUAAAAAAUCAGUACUGUAUGGUAAAGAAACAGGAGCAACUGAUGAGGAAAAAAUUGAAAUUGCAAUCGAUACCUUUUUUGUUGAAAUUGGAUGUAAAAUAUUGGAAGUUGUUCCAGGGAGGGUAUCCACUGAAGUAGAUGCUAGAUUGUCCUUUAAUAAGAAAGAAACUAUUAGAAGAGCUAUUAGGAUCAUUGGCCUAUAUGAACAAAGAGGAUAUUCCAAGGAUCGCGUUCUUAUUAAAAUUGCUUCAACAUGGGAAGGAAUCCAAGCAGCGAAAGAACUGGAAGAUAUACACAACAUUCACUGUAAUUUAACUUUGUUGUUUUCACUGACUCAAGCUGUUGCAUGUGCAGAGGCCAAUGUUACAUUGAUAUCACCUUUUGUGGGAAGAAUUAUGGACUUUUUUAAGGCCAAAUCAGGUAAGACAUUCACAAAGGAUGAUGACCCAGGUAUCUUGGCCGUCAAAGAAAUAUUCUAUUACUACAAGAAACACAACUAUAAGACAAUAGUUAUGGGAACGUGUUUUAGAAAUAACGAAGAGUUGUUAUCAUUAGCUGGAAUUGAUAGUGUCACUCUUCCACUAGAUAAGCUGGAAGAGCUUUCUACUUCUCAUGAAAACGUUCAGAAAGUUUUAACUAUUGAAUCCAGUAAAGAAAGAGGAAAAGACAUGAGGAGCUACAUUUCGAAUGAAGCACAAUUUAGAUUCGAUAUGAAUGAAAAUGCUAUGGCAACGGAUAAGCUUUCAGAGGGGAUUAGAAAAUUUUCUGGGGAUAAUGCUUCACUGGAAAAUAUUUUUAGGAAUCUAAUCAUAGAUUCGAAUUAA